UUCACUCCCCGUCUCUGUUCCGUCCAAAACAAUCGCCUUCGUGACCGAACCCUCGCGAUCCAGUCGCAAAACUGACAACGCAACGACGGGAUCACGGCAUAUAGUGACCCGAAGCUCCCAUUUUUCUCCUCCUUCCUCCUGAGGAAGGUAACUUCACGUCUUUCUUUUCCGCGCGAGGCGUUUGUUCUGGAUCUACAAAAUCCACCUUGAAAUCCUGCUCUAUCAUAUCCGAGGAUUUAUUUUCUCAAAAAUGACCGUCUGGCAAGAUUUAUUAGGUUAAUCCAGCUUAAAUCCUGCUCUAAAUCCGUUACGAGACCGGCCCUUAAGGAAAAGAGGACGAUAAGGCAAAAGGGGGGCAAGGAUCAAAGAUGAGCGGGCAUGACUCUAAAUAUUUCUCUACUACCAAGAAAGGAGAGAUACCGGAGCUCAAGGAGGAGCUUAAUUCUCAGUACAAGGAUAAGAAGAAGGAUGCAGUGAAGAAGGUAAUUGCUGCAAUGACAGUUGGAAAGGAUGUCUCAUCAUUGUUCACAGAUGUUGUCAACUGUAUGCAAACGGAGAAUUUAGAGCUGAAAAAGCUCGUUUAUCUAUAUCUUAUAAACUAUGCGAAAAGUAACCCGGACCUUGCCAUACUUGCUGUGAAUACUUUUGUGAAGGAUUCACAAGAUCACAAUCCUCUUAUUCGAGCCUUAGCUGUGAGAACUAUGGGAUGCAUCCGUGUAGACAAAAUCACAGAAUAUUUGUGCGAUCCUCUUCAAAGAUGUCUAAAGGAUGAUGAUCCUUAUGUCAGAAAGACUGCUGCAAUAUGUGUUGCUAAAUUAUAUGAUAUAAAUGCUGAGUUAGUAGAAGAUAGAGGAUUUCUUGAUACUCUUAAAGAUUUGAUAUCCGAUAAUAAUCCAAUGGUGGUAGCAAAUGCUGUCGCAGCACUUGCUGAGAUUCAAGAGACUAGUACUAGACCAAUAUUUGAAGUCACUAGUCAGACAGUUUCGAAGCUUUUGACUGCGUUAAAUGAGUGCACCGAAUGGGGCCAGGUAUUCAUUUUGGAUGCUUUAUCAACGUACAAAGCUGCUGAUGCACUGGAAGCAGAAAAUAUAGUGGAACGAGUAACUCCUCGUCUCCAGCAUGCCAAUUGUGCAGUGGUUCUUUCUGCUGUGAAGAUGAUCCUUCAACAAAUGGAACUCAUAACCAGCACAGAUGUAGUGCGGAACCUAUGCAAGAAAAUGGCGCCUCCUUUAGUGACUCUCCUUUCUGCGGAACCUGAACUUCAAUAUGUAGCUCUACGGAAUAUCAGUCUUAUUGUACAGAAACGACCUACAAUUCUAGCGCAUGAAAUAAAGGUUUUUUUCUGCAAGUACAAUGAUCCCAUAUAUGUUAAGAUGGAGAAGCUGGAGAUUAUGAUUAAGCUUGCUUCUGAUCGAAACAUAGACCAGGUUCUGUUGGAAUUCAAAGAAUAUGCGACAGAAGUAGAUGUGGAUUUUGUUAGAAAGGCAGUUCGAGCAAUUGGUCGCUGUGCUAUCAAGUUAGAGAGAGCUGCAGAGAGGUGUAUUAGUGUUCUACUUGAGCUGAUAAAGGUAAAAGUAAACUAUGUUGUACAAGAAGCUAUUAUUGUCAUCAAGGACAUUUUCAGGCGCUAUCCCAAUACCUAUGAGUCCAUCAUUGCCACACUCUGUGAGAGCUUAGACACUUUGGACGAGCCUGAAGCUAAGGCAUCAAUGAUUUGGAUUAUUGGAGAAUAUGCUGAGAGAAUUGACAAUGCUGAUGAGCUUCUUGAAAGUUUCCUUGAAACUUUUCCAGAGGAGCAAGCGAUGGUACAGCUACAAUUACUCACUGCAACUGUCAAAUUGUUUCUCAAAAAGCCAACUGAAGGACCGCAGCAGAUGAUCCAGGUUGUUCUUAAUAAUGCUACUAUGGAGACAGACAAUCCUGAUUUACGUGAUCGAGCAUAUAUAUAUUGGCGUCUUCUUUCUACUGAUCCUGAGGCUGCUAAAGAUGUUGUUCUAGCCGAGAAGCCAGUAAUCAGUGACGAUUCAAACAGCCUUGAGCCUUCACUUCUUGAUGAACUCCUUGGAAACAUUGCCACCCUUUCUUCAGUUUAUCAUAAGUUACCUGAAGCAUUUGUGAGCCGUGCAAAAUUAGCUUAUGCUAGGCCAGAUGAUGAGGAGUAUCCAGCUGCUGCUGAAAUGGGUAAUUCUGAGUCUCCAUCUUCUGAAGUAGAUGGGGCAGCAGCCACUUCUACUCAAAGUUUCACUUCGCAUGAGACAGCCAGGCAGCCCGGACUAGGCGCAGCACCUCCAACCCCACCAUCAGCACCCACUUCACCGCCUGCUUCUGUGCCAGAUUUACUUGGUGAUUUGCUUGGCUUGGACAAUGCACUCGUUCAUGUUGACCAGCCAAUUGUCCCUUCAGGGCCACCACUACCUGUUUUACUGCCAUCAUCGACUGGUCAAGGUCUUCAGAUUAGCGGACAGCUUAUCAGGCGUGAUGGACAAGUGUUCUACAGCUUAUUGCUUGAAAACAACUCUCAGAUCGUCUUAGAUGGAUUCAUGAUACAAUUUAACAAAAACACAUUUGGUCUUGCAGCUGUUGGACAAUUACAGGUUCCACCUUUGCAACCCCAUGAUUCGGCGAGAACCCUUUUACCUAUGGUCAUGUUUCAAAAUAUUUCUCCUGGGCCACCAAACUCUCUUCUACAGGUUGCAGUGAAAAACAAUCAGCAGCCAGUCUGGUACUUUAAUGAUAAAAUCUCAGUGCAUGUAUUCUUCUCAGAGGAUGGUAGAAUGGAACGUGCAAGCUUUCUUGAGACAUGGAAAUCUCUUCCUGAUUCCAAUGAAGUUGCAAAAGAUCUACCAACUGCCAUCAUCCACAGCGUAGAUUCUACAGUUGAGACCUUGGCAGCUGCCAAUGUCUUCUUCAUCGCCAAGCGGAGGAAUGCGAACAAGGAGAUCUUAUAUAUGUCUGCGAAGAUCCCGCACGGCAUACCAUUUUUGAUCGAGCUCACUGCUUCAGUCGGUGCACUGGGUGUCAAAUGUGCGGUGAAGACGCCUAGCCCAGAAAUGGCUCCACUCUUAUUUGAUGCAAUGGAGGCUUUGCUUAAAUAGAAGAGUUAACCGAUCAGUUCUUUGUAUGUUAUAUGAAGCUCUUUUAUUCUUCUAUCUACCUUUGUUGCUUUCUGUUGAAAGGUUUUGCUCAGCAGUUUUGAUGAUUUUCUGCCAGCACUUUUCUUCAUUUGUGCUUUAGUACAUAUCAUGCACAAUGUUGUAUGUAAUGAAUAUGCGAGCAGCGUAUAAGAUCCAACCAUUCUGCCAAUCUUCUGGAAAUGUUGUGAGAUGAGUGUAAAUA